CUUUUUGUGUCAAAAGUAAAAUCAUCUGUUGUGAGAACUAAAUAACAAGGAAGUAUUUCAAAGCUAGACCAUGGCUUCUUCUUUGGUAGCACAUAUUUUUGUCUUACUCCUAUGGUCCAUAGACUCACAACGAAUAAAUGACGAGGAAUCGAUUGUGGACAAGUGUAAAUCAGGAGUUGACUAUUUAAGCAAAUUGGAAGACUUGCGUAUUCUUAUGCUGGAACAACGUAACGAAUUCAAAAAAGAUAACCAGGAACUGAAAAAUCAAUUAACUCUGCUUGAGACGCUAAGGAACACAACAAAAGGUCAAAGGAAAGAUUUUGAUUUUGUUGGGUUCACAGCGAUGCUUGAAGCAAGAAACCUUCCACAACAUGACAGUAUUAUCAAACCUUCUAGAUUUAUUACACUCUUUUCAAGUUCUUUUUCAAACACCGGAGAAUUUCUUUGCACCAAAGAUGGAAUAUAUGUAUUCUUUCUUCACUUAGUCACAAAUUCUCGUUUUAAUGGAGCAUGGAUCUACAAAAAUGAUCAACCAAUGACAUUAACUUGGCAGGACGACCCCCAUGAAUCUGGAACUACAUCACUAGUUGUUGAUUUACGAGUCGGGGAUAGAAUAAGUAUUAAGUCCUACAAAAACAACCUUUCUGUUAAUGAAACAUCAGUUUGGACAGGCCAUUUCCUUUUGUCAAAAACAAAUGAGUUCAUAGCCAUGCAAUCUACAUUAAAGAAUACAGAAAAUUUAACGGUCAUAUCUGGGAAAGAUAUGGUUACAAAUAUAGGAAGCGCAAAUUUUUUAUUGCAAACAGGGUUUGUUUGUACCAAAACUGGAUGGUACAAGAUCGACAUCAACAUAAUAGCUGAUUCAACAAAUAAUGGGGUAAAGGUGUAUGCGAAUCACAAGGACGUUCCCGAUAAACUUUUGUCGUGGCAUUCUCAGAAUGGCACAAGUUCAAGUUCAAACACAGCGGUCUUAAAUAUCACAACUGGAGACAAAAUAACUCUCGAUGUCUUUUUAGAAGAUGAUUUAACCUUAAGUCAUUAUUCCACUUUUUCCAUAUAUUUACUUGGGCCAAAGUUUGAUGUCGAUAGUGGGUUUUCUUGCAGAAUACGGCCGAUUGCAGAAGAGAUGGUAACGUGUCUCAACCCUAAUACGAGUCUUAACUCAUCAGGUUAUUUUAGUUGCAAAGAAAAGGGGUAUUAUUAUUUCAGUAUUAAUUUUGCGACUGGAAUGUCAAAUAACGGUAUUCAGAUUUAUAGAAAUGAAGAAUCAUUGACAUUUGCAUGGAUAGGGGCUAAAUUGGGUAUAUGGAGUACAGCUUCAACGUCGUUAGUCGUUAACUUAGAAGUUGGUGACUACAUAACCUUUAGGCAAAUGCGCAAAAACCUGACUUUGGGUUAUUCAUCUCGUGUUGUGGGUUACAAAAUCUACCCAUGAUCCAUCAGUUUAAAAUAUGAGGUAUGCCGUUUUUCUUUUAAAAAAUUAAAGGGGGGAGGAGUUGAUCUCUGUUUUUUUCUUCGCCAAAUUUCUUUAGAUAAUACUUUGUUAACUAAUAGAUUAUCUGGCAAACAUCUGUUCUCUAAAUUACAAACUAGCAGGAAAAUUCAAAAAACAUUAUAGCACAAGCUGAUUGUUUGACUGACCAUGUCGUAAAGAUAUGCAAUAAGGAAGUUAACGUCAUGACAACAAAAGUGUUGGAAAAGGUAUUGUUCCUUAUUAAUACAUCUGAUAAAUGUAACAUAUGUUAUUUUUAAACCAUAUUAGAAGGAUUAGGUUUUUGGUGUAUGUUAAAAUAUCCAUCAUAUACGUCAUAACAAGCCCAACAGGAAACGAACAACUGGCUUGGGAUUCUGAACACUUCAUCGUUGAAUCAUCAGGGUAAAGUUCUUUGGGUAAAUUUUUAUCUAUAAUAUCUAGUCUUUCAUAAUCGAAAUUUUAAUCUGCACUAAAUUUGGCCUAAGGGGUGUGAAAUUGUGUGUACAAUUAAAAUAACUCCAUCCUAAUGUCCAACAGCGGAGUGAGAAUUGAACCUGACUGUACCUUCAGGUUAUUAUACAGGUAUAGGUAUUGCCUGAAAUAUGUACA